AAAAAAAGAGCACGCGCAUUUGUCCACCCUGUCCGCCAUGUCAGCCAAAAAUGCUGCAAUUACCAUAUUAUCCCUGAUGAGUCACCGGUUCUCUGACCAAACCAUGGUUGCCCCUAUCUCAUUAUCCAAUACGCUGCGUUUUAAUUUUCCCUCCAUCUAACCCAUAGUUCUCCUCAUCCCAUCGUGUUUCACAGACAAUAACCCUAACUUCAUAAACUCACAGAAUAGAACAAAGAAAGGCGAGGAAAAUUGAGCGAUACUAUGUCUUCAAUGUUUGAAUCUUUCAAGCCCCUUGAAGAUGUGAACGACAACAUGUACAAUCUUUCUCCAAAGCGAGUACGCAGUAACUGUAGGCAUGGAAAGUUGGCUCUGUACACUUCAUGGACCAAAACGAAUCCGGGAAGAAUAUUCCGGCGAUGUCGUCAGUCCAGGACCGAAGAAGAUUGCGGAGCUUUUCGUUGGUACGAUGAGGAGGUAUCGUAUGAGAAUAUCAUGAAGCUCACUGUGCUUUUGGACAAAGUAACAGGAUUGACGGAUCAACUUGAGGAUAGGGAGAAAACAAUUAAGCAGUUUGAAGAGGCUCAAGGAAAAGCUACAAUUGCUUUUACGGAGUUACUGGAUGAAUAUGAUCGACUGCCUAUGUAAUUUGUUCACUAAUUAUCUAUGUAAUUUGUUCGACAUUUAUCUAUGUAAUGUUGUGGUUAUGGUAUCACUAAUUAUCACUAAUUCUCUAUGUAAUUUGUUUGACAAUUAUCUAUGUAAAGUUGUAGUUAUGGUACUACGAACUAUACCUAUGUUUGUGGUAUUGAAACAUUUUGUA